UUGUAGUCGCUGUCUGGAGGAAUGCCGGAAGUUGUAGUGUCGGUGAAAGAAGGAAGUACUGUAGUUUUUCAGGUAUUUGGUCAUGGACCGGCACAGCUGAUGGGAGACUUCUCUCGCUGAAUCCUCACGGAGCCGUGGACCCGAUUUACCGGGUCUGGCUGUCCGUGCUGAUGCCUUAUGAAAUCCUACACAUUACUGGAAUGUAAGGAGCCUAUGAACCCUCUGCGGAUCAGCGUGGGUGGUCUCCCCGUCCUGGCUUCCAUGACAAAGACGGCAGAUCCCCGUUUCCGGCCGCGGUGGCGUGCCAUUGUCCUAGUUGGCGUCAGUCUGGCACUGGUUUUACUGCUGCUGUGUUAUCACCGAUCUUCUGCGCCACGGCUAGUGUCGCCCAACGUUCACAACGGGAGAAUUGCCCCUCAUCAUACGACUACGGAUGCCUACAAUGACACCUACCCGCUUACCCCUCCCCAGAAAACCCCAGAUGGCCUCCGAUACCAAAUCGCCAUCAUUGCGGACUUGGACACGGAUUCGCACAGCUCUAAAGAGAACACCUGGUUCAGCUACAUGAGAAAGGGUCAUUUGACGUUGUUUAACAGUGGGGACCAAGUGACCGUCGAGUGGGACAAUGAAAAUAUUGUGGUGGAGACUCACCUGGCAGAGAAAGGACGGGGAAUGGAGCUGUCGGAGUUGAUUGUAUUUAACGGGAAGCUGUACACAGUGGAUGAUCGCACGGGUGUAGUAUACAGAUUGGAGGGGAACAGGGCUGUGCCCUGGGUGAUACUAACCGAUGGAGAUGGAACUGUCGAUAAGGGGUUUAAGGCAGAGUGGAUGGCGGUGAAAGAUGAGCAACUGUAUGUAGGGGGUCUGGGCAAGGAGUGGACCACCACAACUGGAAAGGUGCUGAAUGAAAACCCAGAAUGGGUGAAAGUUGUUGGGCCGCGGGGGGACGUCCAGCAUCACAACUGGGUGCCCAACUACAACUCGCUGCGGGCAGCGGCUGGGAUCGCGCCCCCGGGAUACCUGAUCCAUGAAUCUGCAGCGUGGAGCGACACUCUCCAGAGCUGGUUCUUUCUGCCGCGGCGAGCCAGCCGCGAACGGUACAGCGAGAAAGAGGAUGAGCAGAGAGGCUCUAACAUCCUACUCCGUGCCUCCCCUAACUUUUCUGAGAUCAAAAAGUCAAGCGUCGGGCCGCAGAUCCCCACCCACGGCUUCUCGUCCUUUAAAUUCGUUCCGGGCACUGACGAUCAGAUCAUCGUAGCUCUGAAAUCCGAGGAGGACAGUGGGAAAGUGGCUUCGUACAUCACGGUUUUCUUCCUAGACGGCCGAGUCCUGUUGCCGGAGACCAAAAUUGGCAACGUUAAAUAUGAAGGAAUUGAGUUUAUCUGAGUUUGCCCUGUGGCGUUUGCACAUAACAGUUUUUAACUUAACUGCUUCUCAUCCUCUUGGCAUGGUGCAGGGUUUUACUAACCCGUUAGGGAGUUAAUUUUCCUGGUUUCUAUGUUUUGUUUUUUUUAUCAUUAAACCAGUUAAUCGUUAACCCCCCCAAAUAAUUAAUAUGGUUUUAAAUCUAUUUAUUCAGUGAUGUUAUUUAUGUUUACAAAUAUAUAGAAACUGGCAAUCACUGGAGUAAACGUGCCAAGGAUCCGUUAACUAAACAAUUUCCAAUGCCCCAAAGCAAACCCAAGCUCGUGUGUCAAAAGUUUGAUUAAAUGUUCUUUUUAAUA